ACCCGCACCUCUCAAGAGAAGCAGCAGCAUGAAGGCCGUGCCUGCCCUCCUGCUCGUGGGGAUGCUCAUCCUCUGGGCUGAGCUGCCAUCAGGCACUGCCUGGUCCUGCCCUGAGGUCCGCUUCACCUGUGCCUUGGCCAACCCGAGGAACGACUGCUACACUGACCGGCACUGCCCACGCUUCAAGAAGUGCUGCAAAACCUUCUGUGGGCGGCGAUGCAUCGCACGCCCACCCACCAUCCCCUUGUCCUACGUGUGAGCUGCUGCUCCCAGCACAGCCCAAGGGUGCCUGUGUCCCCGUGCCACCUCCAGCACCGUGCACCUGCGGAAGGACCGCCAGCUUGGGGACGGGGACAGCUUCUUGCUCACACUCCGAGACCUCCUCAGCUGCUAUGUGCCAUCUUCUCACCCUCCCCCUUCAUUCCCCGCUGCUGUUACAACAAAUAAAAGCUUGACCCAGGA